AUCAAAGCGUCCAUCACCUCAACUUUUGGAACCAUCCUCAAGAUGGAUUCUACGAAGAAGAUUGUAAAGAAGCUUUCAGGACAUAGCGCAGGAACUGCAGCCUGGUGUACAAAUAUUGGAAAUGAGAAUGGGCAUGUGAGUGAUGGCUAGAACGUAAAAGCUAGGCUUUGAAUUUGAUCUCAUGUAGGAUCAUUUCUUUUGUUCAUUUCAGGUCCUUAUGAGUGUUCUGACAGCAACCGAGGGACAAGGACUUCAGCAGAUGGCCAAUGGGCUAAUGAGGAGGUACUCUGAAGCAAACGAGCCUCCCCCCAAGGUGAUGUAUGUAGACCGUGACUGCUGUGGCCAGAACUACAAGACCAAGGAGAUGUUCUCACUCUGGGAUGAGAUGGUUGUCCGCCUUGACAUCUGGCACAUUAUGAGAAGGAUUGCUGCAGCCUGCAGUACAGAGUCACACCCACUGUACAGCGUAUUCCUCCGAUGCUUGUCGUAGUGCAUCUUUGAAUGGAGUAAAGAAGUCAGCUAAAAGGAGUGUGAUGAUCGAAGAAGGUAAUAGUUUAAAUAAGUACACAAACAGACAUCGUUUAGAGCAGUAGUCUUAACAUUUUUUUAUUAUCUUUUACUAGGAAUCUUGGACCCCUCAGAAGCAGACGUUAUACGCA